AUGAGCGAAACGGCGAGUGAGGGCAAGAAGAAACUCUUCACCUACACCGGCAUGCUUUUGAUCGGUUUGUGCAUCUCACAGGUGAGUGCAGGCCAUUUGGGCCUUGGCGCAUACGCCUCGUAUAGCCGAGUGGUCGGCUUGCUCACGAUGUUUUGCCUCUCCUUCCUGAUGGUUGGGGUGGGCCACGAGUUCGUGAUUGAAAGAAGCAAGCUGGGGAACUAUGCCAAAGACUACUUGAUCGCCAUGUCGGCCGCCGGCUUGCCGUGGAUUUUUGUGGCCCUUUGGCUACACUUCGCUCUACCUUCCUCAGGUCUCGCUUGGGGAUCCGCUUUGCUGAUGGCGAGAUUUGCGGCACCUACCAGUGCUGGCAUCCUGUUCAACAUGUUGGAAGCAGCAGGAUACAAAGAAACCUGGUUGUUCAAAAAGGCCCAAAUUCUGGCCAUCUUUGACGACCUCGACACGAUUCUGCUGAUGAUCCCCCUGAAAAUGUACUUGGUCGGGUUCAAGUGGGAGCUCUCCGUGGACGCCGUCUUCGUUUCGCUGUGCCUGGCCCUCGCAUGGCAGAAGCUCCACAAGAUCCGACUCCAGAGCUCAUGGAGGUGGACUAUGGUGUAUUCCGCGGUGAUUACCAGCUGCUGUGAAGGUUUAUGCCACUUCACCGAUGGGCGCGUGCACAUCGAGGUGUUGUUGCCCGCCUUUGUCAUGGGCUGCAUGACUCGGAUCUGCCAGCCCGAGGACACCUGGUGCGAGGUGCUGGACGAAAGGUGGGAGGAGAACGUCAAGAGUAUUGUCUCCACCUUCUUCAUGCUGCUGGUGGGAAUGUCAAUGCCGUCUCUCUUCUCGGUAUCAGGGCACCUCACGGCAGCUCAGACAGCUUGGCACGUGUUCGUGGUCUCAGUUCUAAUGGUCCUGGGUAAGAUGAUGCUCCUCUUCUGCUACAGGAAAGAGGCAGACCUUCGUACCAGGCUCGCGCUUUCCUUGGGCAUGUGCCCUCGUGGAGAGGUGGGGGCUGGCGUCAUUGCCAUCUCCCUGGGGCUCGGCAUGCAGGGACCUGCGGUGGCAGUGGCUGUCUUGAGCUUGGCGGCGAACCUGGUGCUGUCCACCGGCUUCAUCAUGAUGAUCGACCGCUUGAUGAAGAACCAACUCCCCGCAAGCGCCCCAUCCUUGUCCUCGGGGUCCCCGGGGUCCUCGGGGUCGGGGGCCACGGCUCUCCCCAGGCGGCCGUUGGGGCCGGCCGGAGCGCGGCACCGCUUCGCAGGGAUUCCCAGCCGGCCCAGGCCAGUGGCGGCGCCGGCGUUGGCUCGUGGCGCUUGUUUCCUCUUGCCACACGCCGCGAGUGGCACGCCCUUGGGGUCGACUGCUUUCAUGCUGGCAGGCUGCUGGGUUGCCCGAGCACUGCGCAAGAAAUGA